UUAUCGAUAAAUCGGCGGUCACACCGCAUAAAAGUAAAUUGCUAAAAUUAAAAAAACUUCAAAAGCAAUCUGCAAACAUCAAUUUCCCGUGCUUUUCUGUUCUGAAAACGCGAAUGCAUUGCCUUUUUUAAGUCAUGGCCUCUUCACGGUCUUUUUCGAAUUUCUCAAAUCGUUGCCUUACGAUUGACUUGUCAUUAGACGGAUCCGGCUCAAUCGAAAUAAACUCGUCCUUCAACGGGGGCCAUUCUAAUGAUAGCGAGAGCUCCUCAACAAGCUUCAGUUCCUUUUCUAGCGUCAGCAACAGCAACAGUUCCAGCUCUACCUCAACAACCGGGUUUUCUAGCUCCGUGUCUAGCAUUAACACCACUUUUAAUAUCUCGGAGGACUCCGAUAUGAGCAGUAUGGGUAAUAGUGCGAGCAUCGAUGAUGACGAAUCUGGCCGCGAUGCCGGCCUUUCGCUCGACGACCCCAGCCGAGAUGCUGCGGGCCUUUCGCUCGACGACUCCAGACUGAACUCACCAUCCAUCGAUAUCUCCCAGGUGGAAGCCGAAAUAGAUCGCAUAAAUCGCUACUGUGAGCAAAUAAGCGCCAACAGCGGCAAUGAGACCAGUGUCUCAAACACCUCGACACCGACUGUGGUCCGCCGUGUUUUUCGUGUAAACUCGCCAGUGGAGGUAAUAGAUUUACUGGACAAUUCACGUCCCAGAGCUGCCAUUGGACGAUCCAUCAAUCGUGUACCAGAAGCGGUGAUUGACUUGUGUACUCCGGACAGAUCAAUCGUACCAACAGCUACCAUUGAUUUGGAUGACUCCGAUUAUGUGCCCACUAAUCGGCGUCGUAACCAUGCUAGCUCGAGCACUCCCACCACAGCUCGUGCUACGUUGCACAUCGACGACAGCGCUCCGUCGAGUCCGAAACGCAAGCGCAACGAAAAAAACGUGUCCUCGAAUGAAGAUGUCUACAAGUGUCCCGUUUGUUUGGAUAGCGUGCGCCACCGCGAGCCUUUGUCGACUAAAUGUGGCCACGUUUUUUGUCGCCCGUGCAUCGAAACAGCCAUACGCACCACCCACAAGUGCCCAAUGUGUAACAAAAAACUAUCCAUACGGCAGACAACGCGUAUUUACUUGUAGGACUAUUUUUAUUAUUUAUUUUCUCGAUAUGCCAACAAUGCUCUGCGAGCCAUCUGAACUGGGCAUUUUCCUUACUUUGUAUUGUUUAGUUUAAGCACCGAAAGCUUUUAUGUUAUGUUACAGCCACAAAAUGUCCGCUGUUGUAAUUUUCUCAUGCGCGAUUUAAAGUUCUUUUGUAUUCCAUAAUAAUUAGAGUUACUCCUGAAUAUUC